AUGACUCAGGAGGACCAUCAGCCGGCAGCACGUGCAGGAUGCCAGAAAUCAGACCUCAGUGUGGCCCCAUACUGGCUGUAUCCAGUCGGCUGCACAGCCCAGGAGCCGGAGGGUCUUCAGAAACUGUCUAAGGGCAUGAGUAAACUACACCGACUGUCCCGUACCCCUCAUCCUGACCAGGGACCACCAAGGAAGUCCCGCAAGAAGCUUCAGGUUAUCAUCUGUGUCCUGCUUGUGGAGCUGUGUGAGCGGUUCACCUUCUUUGGGAUUGUGUGCAACAUGAUCCUGUUCUGCACAGUGAAGCUGGGAUAUGACUACCACAUGGCUGCAACAGUCAACCUAUGUUUUAUUGGAGCCAGCACGCUGACCCCCGUGCUGGUGGGCUGGUUUGCAGAAACCUGCUUGGGAAGGACUAAAGUGCUCUAUUUGUGUGCUUUUCUUCAUUUUCUGGGCACAGCCAUGCUGCCUGUGGUGGCUUUCCCAUUUGAGGAUUUCUACAUUGACACUCAUCACAUGACUCACCAGCUGGAGCCUCGGGAGCAGCAGAUCUUGUUCUACAUCGGCCUCCUGGCUGCAGCUCUGGGCAUCGGUGGCAUCCGAGCCAUUCUCUGUCCGAUGGGAGCCUACAGCCUGCAGAGCUACAACCAACACCAGCUGCUGUCCUUCUUUAACUGGUUCUACUGGUUGGUCAACCUGAAUUCAACGGUGGUGUUUUUGGGUAUCGCUUACAUCCAGCAGUCUGUAGCUAAAAACCUGGGCUUCCUUAUCCCGUUCACCUCUGUGCUGCUGGCUCUGAUCGCCAUACAUAUGAUGAGAAACAGACUCACCUACAAACCUAAGAAAGGUGGAUCACUGUUAACCACACUGGGAGUCUUUCUAAACUCUCUAAAGAUGUGCUGCCUUCAUUAUCGCCACCUGAGUGGAGAUGUAACAUCCUGGCUGGACCGAGCCAAAGAGAACAAUGGAGGCCGGUACAGUGAAACACAUGUGGAGAAUGUCAAAGUCCUGGCUAAACUCUUCCCUCUUUAUGGUCUUCAGCUGCUGUACAGAGCCUGCAUCACACAGAUUCCCUCAGGUUAUUACAUACAGACAAUGAAUUCAAACCUUCACCUGAACGGCCUCCUGCUCCCCAUUGGAGCCAUGAAUGUGAUCAGCAUCAUGCCCCUGCUGUUCCUGGCGCCUCUGAUUGAGUGUGUGACCACAUGUUACCUCGCCGUGGAAAAAACUCCUCUGGCACCAGCUAAAGUCAUCACUUUGGGCCAUGCGUGUGCCGCUCUGUCCGUCCUGGUGGCAGGUUUGUCCGAGCUGCAGAGGAAGGCUUACCCCCUGGUGGAGCAAACUCUGUCUGGAAAAGUCCUGCAGGUGUCAUCCAUGCCGUGUUUCCAGCUGGCUCCUCAGUAUGUUCUUCUCGGUCUGGCAGAGGCCCUCGUCACUCCUGCAUGUUCUCUGAUAUCGUUCCAGCUGACCCCUAAUCACAUCAGAGGGAUCUCACUGCACUUCCUCACUCUGUCCUAUGGAGGGGGCUGUUUCCUUGGAGCACUCAUCAUCCAGCUGGCACACUCUCUCUCAGGAGGUAACUUCUACCCAAAAAUGCUGCAUGAUGGGAAUCUGGAGAGGUUCUUCUUCCUCCUGGCUACACUCAUGGCUAUAAAUACUGUCAUGUUUUGGAGUGUGUCAUACAGGUACAUAGACCUGAGUGUUCAGGGUAGAGCACUGACCAUCAGCCCUCUGACUGAGAAGCUGCUGCGCUAUAAGGCCUGUCUGAGAUUCUACGACACCGUGGAGCACUCUUACACACAGACUUCUAUUGAGUCUAUUAUAUGA